ACGUUAUCAGGAAGGAACGUGUGACGCUCUGCUGGAGGAGGAGGUUGAGUAAGUUGCCUGAAAGUAGCAACAAAAUAUCCGCGUGUGAGAACUAACAGGCGCAACAUUGUGUUAGAUUCAUCAGUGCGUUAUGCCUGAUGAGAUGGCGCGGCCUUUAAUCCGAGACAGAGGUGAAGGAGGAGGAGGCUCCAGGCAUCUUGAGGCCUCCGCGUCUGAACUCGGCGCCCCAGUCAUUGGCAUUCUGGGCACGGGCGACUUCUCCCGCUCACUGGCCAGGAGGCUGGUGGCCUCCGGCUACCGAGUGGUGGUGGGGAGUCGAAACCCCAAGCGCUCUGCGGCUCGGUUCCCUGAAGAGGCCGAGGUGACAUCACAGAUGGAGGCAGCCAGCCAGGCAGACCUGGUCUUUGUCGCGGUGUUCCCCGAGCACCACUCAACGCUGGUGGAACUGAAGCCGACGCUAGCCGGAAAGACGCUGGUGGAUGUCAGCAAUGGUCUAAGGAUCAACCGAGACGGGCCCUCGAACGCCGAGCAGCUGGCCGAGCUGUUCCCGGAGAGUUCUGUAGUCAAAGGGUUCAACACCAUAUCGGCCUGGACGCUCCAGAUGGGACCUCGGGAUGGAAGCAGGCAGAUUUUCCUGUGCGGCAACUGUCGCAAGGCCAAGAGCUCGGUGAUGCAGCUCUGUCGCAGCAUGGGCUUCGUCCCCAUCGACAUGGGCCACCUCUCCUCCUCUCUGGAGAUUGAAAACCUCCCCCUCCAUCUCUUCCCCUCCUGGCGCGUCCCCGUCCUCUGCACCCUGUCCCUGUUCGCCUUCUUCUACGUGUACAACUUCCUCCGCGACGUCCUGCAGCCCUACGUCACGGCGAAGAAGAACGUCUUCUACAAAAUGCCCAUCGAGACCGUUAACGUCACCCUCCCCGCCGUUGCCCUGGUGAUGCUGUCGCUGGUCUACCUGCCCGGUUUGUACGCUGCACUCCUCCAGCUGUGGUGGGGCACCAAGUACAACCGUUUCCCAAAUUGGCUGGACCGGUGGCUGACAAGCAGGAAGCAGCUGGGGCUGUGCAGCUUCUUGUGCGCCGCGCUGCACGCCAUCUACAGCCUGUGUCUCCCAUUGAGGAAGUCUGCCCGCUUCAAGCUGCUCAUGGAAUUUAAACAGGUGAAGGAGGAGGACGUGUGGGUGGACGCGGAGGUGUGGAGGAUGGAGCUGUACCUCUCAGCGGGCAUCAUGGCCCUCGGACUGCUCUCCCUGCUGGCCGUCACCUCGCUGCCCUCGGUGGCCAACACCAUCAACUGGAGGGAGUUCAGCUUCAUUCAGUCCACACUAGGUUACUGCGCCCUGUUUGCCGCCACCCUCCACACGCUCCUCUUCGGCUGGGACCGAGCCUUCAAUCCGGCCCAGUACCGCUUCCUCAUGCCUCCCACCUUCACGCUGGUCCUGGCUCUUCCCAUAGCGGUCCUGCUUGGCCGCUUGGCUCUCCUCGCGCCCUGCGUGGCCUGGCGGCUUGGGCAGAUCCGCCGCGGCUGGGAGAAGAGCCGAUACAUCCGCUUCGCCCUGCCCGACGACGGCUGCCACAACGGGCUGGAGGUGGCCAGUAACGUGUGAGGCUUAGGACAAAAAGCUCUGUACGUGCACACUCAUGAAUAUACACAGCGGUCACACAGGAGAUAAAUGAUUUAUAUACUGCUGGAACGUAUCGAAGGCUGCUCUCUAAGGCCCUUUGAGAGAUUUCAGAGACAUGUGAGUGUCUUUUCAACAAAUGAGUUCCCUAGAGAUAAUUGACAAGUAGAGCUGUGGUCGUCAAACUUAUUGCACUAUGCAUCGUAACUAACAAAUAUCUAGUUGGUCCUUAUGCUUUUUACUUUAAUUUAUUGUUACAUGAACUGAUGAGAACAAUGUCAGCUUCUGGUUUCAUUCAUGCCACUUCGAAUGAACCCGCUGAAGACUUUACAACUUAAGCAGCACAACAGAAUUUGGCAUAAGUUCAUAUUUAAGUCUUUGAAAUAUUAGGGUUUUUUUUCACUCUGAUUACAGAAUCACAUCUUGCCUUAUGCAUACCUGUCAAAUCAAUCUUUCUUUUUGCACUUAAAGACGGCUGCACAGACUCUUGUCAGUCGGUUUUCAACAUAGUUUUCAUUUUGUUUUGACAUCCUUUUUUUUUUUUUUUUUGCAACACUGUUAACUGUUAAGGACUGUUUGGGAAUUAUUGGAGAGAGGUAUGGAGGAAAAGCGUAAAUCAUUUUUGAUAAUGGGCCCCAAUUUAAACAUUUCAUGUCCUUCACUGUUAUGCGAAUUUAAUGCAAAAUAGCAGUUAUCUAAUUUACGGCAAAUGAUGUGCUAAAAGUUUUAUACACGUUUUAAUUUGGUUUCAUGUGCAAACAGAAAUAUAUGCAAAGAAAACUUUAUGUGUUUUGGUUACUGUUUGUUGAUUUAUGAAAAACAAGAUUAUUCAUGGUCCGAAAACGUGCGUCUAGAGCUGAUCAUAUUAGCAGUGUUCCAGCAACGACUAUGACCUUUCCUCCCCUUAAUCGUUUGUGUACAGUCCCUUACUCCUGUGUUGUCUCCAAACUCUUCUGUGCCAACUGGAGACCCACAUCUCAAGUGUUGCUUCCCAUCGUCUCUACUGGACAAGAUGUUACACAAUUUUAGUGUCUUAUUUAAACUAUGUUACCAUUUGGUGUUGUACUAAACUGACCUGCUGAUCAGAACACAUUUAACUUACAAAAAUAUCAAAAAGGCUGUUAUCAAACUUUUUAUCAAUUUUUUUUUUCAAUAUGAGUUUGUUUGUUUAAAAAGGCUGUCGUGUGAUUUCUGCAAUUUCUGUUUCAUUAUGAGUUUGUAUUCUCAGUGUUGUGUUCUUGCCAAAGAUCAUUGUAUGUUCCGUGAUAAGUAGAUUUUUUUCUGAAUCCAAAUCAAAAUGCCACAGUAGUGUACUGGAGUUUCUAACCUCAAAGGCAUGAAUGUAAAGAAUUAAAAUGGAAAUUUCUAGAAGAUGGAAUAAAACUUUUUUUUCCAAAAAAAAUUUCCCCCAUUAUUUUAUUUAUAUCUUGAACAUUGUGAAAUAGAUGUAUCUGUAGAUGCUUCAUUUGAGAAAUUCUCAAUUGAGUCACAUGUUGAAAAAACUAUCAUUAUAGAUAAGAGUGAUAAAAGCUGAAUCUAGGUGUGCAACAUCAGAUCAUUGUAUAUGUGGGUGCUGCCAUCUUGUGGCCCAGAAUCAGAUCACACAACUUUUACAUUUUCCCCCCAAAAAAUGUAUUUUUAUUUAUUUUAUUUUUUUAUUAAA